UUCCAGUCCAGAUGAUGAGAAUGGAAGACGUUGUGGACACUUAUUACGACCAGGCCAUUGCCACAUCUGUCCUCCACCUUCCCUUCAACAACUCCUACUCCAUGUUACUGUUGUUGCCUGAUCACAUGGACACACUGGAGAACGACAUCAGUCCUGCUCAUGUCACUGAAUGGCUGGAAUGUAUGAAAGCAAGGAAGUACAAGGAUCUUUGUUCCCAAGUUUUCCAUCAACACCUCCUACAAGCUGAAUGACGUGCUGAUUGAAAUGGGAAUGGCAGACAUGUUUGGGGAUCGUGCUGAUCUCAGCGGCAUUGCAGACGGACAGAAACUGCUUGUGUCUGAGGUUGUACACCAAGCGACCCUGGACGUUGACGAGGCCGGAGCCACUGCUGCAGCUGCUACUGGUGUCGGUAUCAUGGUCUACUUCCUCUCCCAAACCCCAGAGCUGAAGUUCAACCGUCCUUUCAUGUUCACGAUGCAUGCACCCCUGGCUCUCUGGAUCUUAUCAGCAGUGGUCUGUGUAGGAAGAAGCCAUCAUCACAUAGGGCACGGCGAGGAGGCCCAAGGCCCCGCUGGAGAUGGCAGUGACAACAAAAUGUCGCUGGUGACCUCGGCCAACAAAGAGUUUGCAUUCCGUCUGUACACAAAGUUGGCGGAUCAUGCAUCCUCCAAGGGCAAAAACAUCUUCUUCUCUCCGGUUAGCGUCUCCACUGCCUUGGCUGCUCUGAUGGUGGGGGCCCGGGGGGAGACUCACCAGCAGCUUUUCAGAGGGAUGGGCUUCAGCAGCUCCCAGCUGGCUCAGACAGAUGUAGACCAGGCCUUUCGUACACUCCUUGCAAACAAAGCAUCUCAUGAGUACCUCAGCCAAGGCACCGCCGUGUUCAUGAACAACAGCUUCAAUGCAAACCCUGAGUUCCUGGAUGUCCUGAAGCAGUCCUAUUCUGCCGAGGGCUUCAAUGUUGACUUUGCCAACACCACAGAGAGCGCCGACACCAUCAAUCAGUAUGUAUCGGGUAAGACUAACGGGAAGAUAGACAAGCUGGUAGAAAGCCUGGAUCCAAGCACAGUCAUGUAUCUCCUCAGCUACAUCUACUACGAAGGUAAAUGGGAAACUCCGUUUGAUCCUCGGGAGACCUUUGAGGACAGGUUCAGAGUGGACGAAAGCAAUGAGGUUCAAGUCCAGAUGAUGAAAAUGAAAGAAGAUCUUAAUACUUAUGAUGACCAGGCCAUCAACACAAAAGUCCUCCACCUGCCUUUCAACAACUCAUACUCCAUGCUGCUGCUCCUACCUGAUGAUAUGGCAGUGCUGGAGCGCAAUAUCUCCCCCGCACAUGUUACUAAAUGGUUGAAGUGGAUGAAGGAAGGGACAUACAAGAUAUUUGUUCCCAAGUUUUCCAUCAAGACCUCCUACGAAAUGAAUGAUGUGCUGACUGGAAUGGGAAUGGCAGACAUGUUUGGGGAUCGUGCAAAUCUGAGCGGCAUUGCAGAUGGCCUGUUUGUCUCUAAGGUGGUGCACCAAGCCACACUGGAUGUUGCUGAGGCCGGAGCCACAGCUGCAGCAGCCACCGGUAUCAAAAUCAGGAAACUUUCCUACAUCAAGUACCCAGAGUUGCGGUUCAACCGUCCUUUCAUGGUGAUCAUCACUGAGCGAGUUCCAGAAAACAUUCUCUUCAUUGGCAAGAUUGUCAACCCAAACCUCUGAGGGAAGAGAUCCCAUCUUUGUUAGUACAGACUAAUACAAAUAAAAUACUUUGUGUGGUGUAUUGAUCUCACUGCAUACACACAUGAGAUGCAUUAACAUUUGUAUUUGCUGCUCCUGAAUAAAGAAAUGUCCUAAAAUAAAUGCAACACAAAGCCAAA